AUGGCUGACCCAUUAAAAAUAUUACAAAUAAAUGUAAAUCACUCUUACUCCGCAAUAGAACAUUUAAAAAUCACUAUUGCUCAAAUUCAACCUAAUAUAAUAGCUCUCCAAGAGCCCUAUUACCACAAUGACAAAAUAAUCGGCUUUUCCCUAAACGAAAUAAUAAUUCAACAUUCCGAACAACCUCGUUCAGCCAUGAUAGUGAGGGGAGGGAAUAUUGAUGCUUUCCCAGAGAAAGUGCAACGCGACCUAAUAUCUCUGCGGGUCACAUUUAACAAGGAAUGUUUGAGAGUCGUAAAUGUAUAUAACCCACCGAACGAUGACAUUGAGAUCAUCUUGGAUCAAUUGGAAGAGAUAGUAACUACUUACGAUCCUCUCCCUACGGUUAUUCUGGGUGAUUUUAACGCAAAGCACCAGGCUUGGGGCGGAAAACACUCAGAUGAUAACGGGGACAAAGUGACACAAUUUCUUAUUAACCAUUCUUUGCAUAUUCUUAAUGACAAAGACCAAGGUCCAACAUUUGAAUCGCGCAGAGGAAGCAGUUUCAUUGACCUAACUCUAGUUAACCACAGUUUUUUUAGGGAAGUGAUGGAAUGGAAAAUCCUGGAGAACCAUAGUGAGAGUGACCACAAGUACAUUUUAACUACCUGUUUCCAUUCCUACUCACAACCAAAAAAGAGGUUGACAGUAAAAGGUGAACUUAAACUGCUAGAAACUCUGGCCCAGGACAGGUGGAUCGCCUCAUUGCGGGACAUAGAAAUAUCUUCCGUAACGCAACUAGAAACUAUCAUACAUAGAUUGUAUGAUAAAAUUAACGCUUGGAUACAGAAAUUCUCCAGAAUUGUUCCUUACGAGAAAAAGAGCCUAAAAUGGUGGACCCCAGACUUGGAGGUCGAGCGUAAGAAAGUAGGAGCCCUGAGGAGGAGGUACCAAAAAACAAGCAACAAUACUAGGGGAAUACAAAAAGUUAAAUACAAACAUGCUCUAGUAGAGUAUAAGAAACAUAUAGCAGCGGCUAAGGAGACUUCUUGGCAAAACUUUUGUACAGAGGUCACGCAGGCAAAUAUCUUUAGCUUACCUUAUAAGCUAGCCCUUAAAAAGAUAAAGAAACCUACUCUUAUCCGGCCUAUUACCCAACCUGAUGGAACCCAAACUCAAAGCUUGGAGAGUUCCAUUAAGAACAUUCUGGCAUACCACUUCCCAGACGAUGAUCCCGAGUCAUACUCAAACUAUCAAAAAGAGGUAUUGCAGUCCCUUCAGACGGCAAUGCAUGGGGAAAAUGAUCUAGACUUUACCAUCCCUGAGUUAGAACGGGUGGUCGCCCAGUUGGCCCGGCGAGUUACCCCAGGGACGGACCAACUGACACCACAGAUGGUCAAAACAUUGUGUAACGCUCAUGCACCCAGCAUCCUAAAGCUUUUUAAUGCUUGUCUAAGGUACGGAUUUUUCCCAUCUCAGUGGAGGGAGUCAAGAGUUGUUCUGUUGACCAAACAGGAAAAACCAUCCAACGAGGCGAAAAGUUUCAGACCAAUUUGCAUUUCCUCGCUCUUUGGGAAACUUUUAGAAAAACUUUUGAACAAUCGCAUAUACUAUUUUCUUUACAACAACAACUUACUGCACCCCAACCAGUUUGGGUUUACUCAUGGCAAGUCGGCGACCCUAGCACUUUACCACCUCAAGCGCAACAUAGAAACAAACAGGGAGGAAGGGAGGAAAAACGUAUUGAUUUCAUUAGACAUAUCUAAUGCAUUUAAUUCUAUUUGGCUUCCCUUUUUAUUUCAUUACUUUCAUUCCCAUGAACUCCCACUUAAUUUGUAUAACUUACUUAAGGCAGUAUUCAAUCACAGAUCAGUAACUUAUUCCACAAACACCACCCAUCUUGUCAAACAAGCCACAAUGGGAUGCCCACAGGGCUCCCCCAUCAGCCCACUUAUGUGGAAUGUCUUGAUUUCCAGUCUUCUGGAAAUUUCUUUUCCAGAGGGAGCACAGUUACAAGCAUUUGCAGACGACGUGGUGAUCUUAAUUUCAGGAAAAACUAGACUUCAACUAGAAUUAUUAGCCCGUAAAACAUUGGAAAUGAUUCAAACAUGGAGUAUUAAUCAUAGAGUUAGAUUCAACCCCGAAAAAUCAAAGUUUUUAUUAAUAGGAAAGGACUAUAAAAAACGUCCACCAACCAUAAAACUAGGUUCAGUUUCAAUACCUAGUGUGCCUGAACUAAAAAUACUAGGAGUGGUAUUUGAUGGUAACCUCACCUUUCUACCACACUUACAAUAUGUUCAGAAAAAGGUAGCUCAAUCUACUCUAGCAUUGAGUGCCUAUUCUGGACUUCACUGGGGAUACAAUCCUCACCAAUUUAGACAACUCUAUUUAAGGUCAAUAGAAAAAAUUAUAACUUAUGGUUGCCCGAUUUACUAUAAAUUCGAAAAGAAUUCACAUCAGUUACGCAAACUUAAAACAGUACAGCGUAUACCACUUUUAAAAAUCACAAAGGCAUUCAGGACUGUUCCUAACGACAGUCUAAAUAUCCUAGCACGAGUUCUACCGAUACAUCUAACGAUAGAAAAAGAGUUUCACAUGUUUAAACUCUUUCAACUUAAGAAUGAUGACACAAUUGAAGGGGAAAGAGUGGAAGUCACCGAUCUAGACUACCCAAUCGACUUGAGAGCACUUCAUCCAUCUGCCUGUCUCGCUUAUCCUUAUAAACCAAUGCCACUCAUGGAAAGACAGGUGGAUUAUGAAGUGUAUACAGAUGGCUCAGUCCAGAAGGAAGCUGUUGGAGCAGCAUUCGUGGUGAUGAAACCAACGAUGGAAGUCUUACAAGUAGAGCAACAAACCAUACAGCACUGAACCCUUGCAACACAUCACCAAAUCGACUCGGCCUGGACCUUCUGUUCCGCGGAGCGCCAUCUGGUUGGGAGCCUUGGGACUUGCUCCCUGAGGAUCCCCCUGGUGGCUUGGGGAGGGACGAUCUUGAGGCUGGCCUUUCCUGCAUCUCGAACUGCUGCGGGGCGCCUGCGCGGGCGGGGGCCUGAAUCAAGCCAUGCAAGCAAAGAGAGAAAUCUCACAUCACCUCUCAACUCACAGAAGAGGCAUGCAAACUGCAAUGAGAACCUGGCUGACACGUGAGGGGAGGGGUCUACGGUUGGGGGCCUUGGCCUAUUGACCAAGGCUCCCCCUGGCGCGGCAUCUUGCUGGGGCCGUCGGCCCCAGUAUGGGGAUAGCCGCCCACGAGCGAGCUCUGUGAGACGUGCCUGCCCCGGGACUGACAACCCCCGGGCGGAUUUUCCUUGCAUCUCGGACCGUCGACGCCCCUCACCUAGUUGAGAGCCGCCUAUGGAACCUGCCAUAAACAGAAUACAGAAGAAGGAAUAGAAUCUUCCAUUGACUCACAUCUCAUGGACAAAGGCAUCAAACUUCAAGUGACUCUUGACUGACUCCCGGAGGGGUCCCACGGUUGGGGGUCUCAGUCCACCAACUGAGACCCCCCCUGGCGCGGCGUCCCGCUGGGGCCGUCGACCCUAGCAAUGGGAGCGCCGCCCACAAGCGAGCUCUGUGAGACGUGCCUGCCCCGGGACUGGCAGUCCCCGGGCGGAUUUUCCUUGCAUCUCGGACCGUGGCUGCCCCUCUUGUGGUUGGAGGGAAUCAAUGAAACUGACAACAACCGUGUAAGGACACCUGCAUAAAGAAGACAAGAAGUGCUGAAAUACUGUGAAGUGAAAAACUGUGAAUUGAAAAAUUGUGAAAUGAAGACAAGAAGUGCUAAAAUACUGUGAAGUGAAAAACUGUGAAUUGAAAAAUUGUGAAUUGAAGACAACUAUUUCUAUUACUUUUCAUACUUUAUAUUUAAACUUUCCACCAAUUUUUUAAUUCUAUAGAAGACCCUAUAGAUAGAUAUUUUUAUAAAUAAAUGCCCGCUGAUUAGGCCUGCU